AUGACUAAAGAUUUUAAUAAUGAAGUUUAUAUAUUAGCAAUAUCAAUUCUAUCUAAAUUUAAUGUUAAAGUGGUUUAUAAAUGCUUUAAAAAAUUGGAAACUUUUGAUGAUCAACGAAUUAUAGAGGCUGCACAUGCUCAAGCUAAUAGAGAAGGAAAACAAUUAAAACUUAUAACAGCAAUUUUAAGAGGUAAAAAAUUAGAUGAACGUCUUUUUAAAAUAAAAGAAAUUCAUAAUAAAUCUGGAGUUCCUUAUACUAGAAGAGAUAAAAGUGAAAUUAAAAGAAAAGCAAUAGCUAUUAUACGAAAAAGUACUCGUAAAAGAAAUCAUAAAGAAGUAUUAAAGGAAGAAUCUAAAAAAAUAUCCGAUAAAAAAGGUGUAAAAAGAAAAGCUGUUAUAGAUAGUUCAAAAGUCAAAAAAACCCGAAUAAAUAUUAAUGAACCUGAUAAUGAACAAGAAAAUAACUUAUGUUCAGAAAUCGAUAUUGAAGAACGAUAG